UUUUUUUUUUCACGUGCAGAAUAAACAAGCGUCUCUAGCGCGGCCGCGCCCCAACUCCCCGUCUCCUCUGACGCACCCCUGCAUUUUUUUGUUUGUCGAGUAAUUGUUUCGAUCCAUAGCUUUCGCAGUAAUAUCCCACUUCAAAUUUUGGCAAUUAGAUUCAUGGGUUCUCCCUUUCACCUCCUCUGAAGCUUUUUGUUGACUCCUCCCACCCAUUUCGACGGUACAGGGAAAUGGGGCUCGUUUCAAUCCCUUUGUUGUUUGAUUUGUGUUUGAAGAUGUUUUGCCCACCAAAUUUUGCUAGAGUUGGGAGAUGGGGCUCGUUUCAAGGCCUUUCCUGUUUCAUUUGUGUUCGGAGCGAAUAAUUUGGUGUAAAAUUUUGAGAGCUUGGUUUUGAUUGUGUGUAUUUUAGAGGGGAUAUUGGAUUGGGUCUCUAAAAGUUGUAAUAUUUUUCUUUCGUUUUCAGUUGCUGUGAUUUGUCUCCGCACAUUCCAUGCCCAGAAACUGUUUGUUGAUAAGACCAUUCUUUUUUAUCACCAUUUAACCAACCAAUUUUGCUGCAAUUUUAGUCCUACAUCAACCUUAGUAGUGUGAUUCAGGAACUUUUAUUUUUAGGAUAUUGAAUUAGCUUCGCCGAGAUGGCCAUGGCACCACCUGUGAAAGUAGUGUUAGGUUCCCUUGCCUUUGGGAUUUUCUGGGUUUUAGCCGUGUUUCCCGCGGUCCCCUUCAUGCCCAUUGGGCGCACCGCGGGCUCUCUCCUCGGCGCCAUGCUCAUGGUCAUCUUCCGAGUCAUAUCGCCCGACGAGGCUUACGCCGCAAUCGACCUCCCUAUUCUCGGCCUCCUUUUCGGAACCAUGGUUGUGUCCGUCUUCCUCGAGAGAGCUGACAUGUUCAAGCAUCUUGGCAAAUUGCUCUCUUGGAAGAGUAGAGGAGCCAAAGAUUUGCUUUUUCGCAUCUGUCUCAUCUCUGCUAUCUCGAGCGCGUUUUUCACCAACGACACUUGUUGUGUCGUUCUCACGGAAUUCGUCCUAAAAAUAGCAAGGCAGAAUAAUUUGCCGCCGCAGCCUUUCCUUCUAGCCCUCGCUUCUAGUGCGAACAUCGGGUCGGCCUCAACUCCUAUAGGGAACCCGCAAAACCUAGUUAUAGCCGUUCAAAGUGGGGUUCCGUUCGAGAAAUUCUUAGCCGGUAUCUUACCAGCGAUGCUCGUCGGUGUACUCGUGAAUGCGGCUAUCCUUUUAGGGUACUUUUGGAAGAUCUUGUCGGUCGAAAAGGACGAAGAGAUCGUGUCAAUUGCGAGUGAAGUGGUCGCGGAUGAUGAAGUGAAUUCUCACCGGUUUUCGCCGGCGACAAUGUCUCACCUUUCUUCUGCCAUGUCCCAAGAGAUUGAUUUACCGAUAGAUGCCAAUUCAUUGCACAGCGGGGAUCUCGGGUGUGGCGGUGGCGAUCAUAUCAGAAGCCAGCAUAAUACUUGUGAGAACGAGAUACAGAGCGGCUCGAGCGGCAGAACUGAGUUGACCAAGGCCUCAAGUUUAUCGAAGGAAAUGGUGGAGGGAGCGGCGAUUUCUCCUAGAAGAGACGAACACGUUCCCUCGAGGAGGAUUGUGAGAGGAACUAGCAACUUGAGAAAUACUGUAAGAGAAGAGUCCUCUUCACAUUCUUCGGAUGACAAAGAAGAUCCUGUUACAAGGUGGAAGCGAAUCAUGUGGAAGACAUCCGUCUAUCUCGUAACUCUUGGAAUGUUAGUUGCUCUUUUGAUGGGACUUAAUAUGUCGUGGACCGCGCUUACUGCUGCUCUUGCUCUAGUGGUGCUCGAUUUCAAGGAUGCACGCCCUUGCCUCGAGAAGGUUUCAUACUCAUUGCUGAUAUUCUUUUGCGGAAUGUUUAUAACGGUCGAUGGGUUUAAUAAGACGGGGAUACCAACUGCUUUGUGGGAUUUUGUGGAACCGUAUUCGCGGAUUGAUAAUGCUAGUGGAGUUGCACUUCUCGGCCUGGUGAUUAUCGUCCUCUCGAAUGUCGCCUCUAAUGUUCCCACUGUUCUCUUGCUCGGAGCUAGGGUGGCGGCUUCAGCAGCGCUUAUUUCUCCUGCCGAAGAAAUGAGGGCUUGGCUUAUACUCGCGUGGGUCAGUACGGUGGCUGGGAACCUCUCUUUGCUGGGCUCUGCAGCAAACUUGAUAGUGUGCGAACAAGCGCGACGUGCCCAAUUCUUCGGCUACAACCUCUCUUUCUUUGGCCAUCUCCGGUUCGGGGUCCCCUCGACCCUCAUCGUCACUGCGAUCGGCUUGCCCCUCAUCACCAGCCACUGA